UACAUCAGAAACUAAAGUUAGAUAUCCAAAAUGUCGAGUGAAUACUAUUUCAAACAAUGGCGAAAAAUGCUUCACAAACUGGAACAAAUAUUGUAUUUAGAUAUUGAGUAUCAGGAAACUAAAUAUCACGACAAAAGUUGGUGCGACGCGGCUCUCAAACUAUCCGGCAUGCUCGGCUGUUACAUAGCUUGUUACAACGACGCUCUUGAGUGCUCACAGCAGAACUUACAAGUGCAGAAAUCUGAAGAUAUUCACGCUAUUGUUAAGGCUAUUGUGGGACGAAUCCUCGAGUUGAAAGAACAACUACGAAAACAUGAAGGAAGUUAUUACCAGUUUUUAGGUGGAGGUUUAAUAAAACACAAUCUCUCACCUUACGAUGCAGAAUUGCGUGAUAUCGAAGAAAAAUACGAGCGCCCAGAAAAUAUACAGCUUAUAAUUAACGAGGCUUUUCAGAAAGCACGCGAAAUAAAAGAAGAUGAAGAUUUGAAUGAGUUUGACGAAACAGUAAUUGAUGAAAACAAUGGCGAUUGGUGGAACGAAACAGACAUAAAAGAGGAAACUAACAAAAAACAUGGUAUUAAUAUUGGAGCUAUUUACGAAGUCGAGGAAAUCAUUUCAGAAGAAACGCUACAUAGAAAACAUUUAAUCGCUCUUAUACAGGCUCAUGAAAAAUCAAGGCAAUUAAUUCAAAAAUUAACGUGGCAAAAACAUAAACGGUAUUUGUGGGAAAAAGAGUUGAAAGGAACGUUAAAUCCCCCAGCACGAUUAGAGAUAAGGGAAAAAGCUGCAAUAAUUAUUCAAAAAGUUUUAAGAACGUAUUUUCAAAUUAAACGGAAAAGAAUAAGAGAUGAUCGAUAUGAUGAAUUGAUGGGAAUUAAAAUUCGUAAGAAAUCAGAUGAAAAUGAAAUUAAAGUGGAGAAGCAUAGGAUGAUAUUCGACAGAUCGCAAAAAUAUAAAGAGUUGAAUGCACAGUGGCUGGUUGAAUGUGAAGAAAUUAAAAAUAUUUUUUUAAAGAAAAAAAAAGAUGAUAUUGCUGACGAUUUUCGUGAAUAUAUCCGUGAAUGGUUUAAAAAAUGGUUUGACGAAGCCAAGUUUUUCUUAGAUAUACCAAAAGAAAACCAAGGAGGUUUGAGUACAAUUCUUAAAGAAGAAGUAUCAUCGCCAUCUGAAUGGAUUGAGGAAUAUAAAGCGUAUAUGGAAAAUAAAAAAGCCAAUAAAAAUAAAACAGCAACUGAGCGAAAAUGGGCGAAAAUGGAAGCAAAGCGGGAAGAAUUUAUGUUGAAAAGGGAAGAAAUUAGGAAAAAGAAGAAAGAAGCUGAAUUAUUAAAGAAAAUUAUGAAAAAUCCAAAGAUGCAUCCUGGAUAUCAUUACCCAAAAUCUAAGAAAAUACAACGACUUGUUAAGGCUGUUGAAGAAUAUAAAACGAAAUGGAUAUAUUUAGAUGAACGAAAUUGUAAAGAAAUUAAAGAAGGAUACUUAAAAGAUAUUGAUCUUAAUAAUUUAUAUGCUGAAGCUAAACAUGAAAUUUUAAAUACGAUUGACGAGGAUAUGCGAGAGGAAUUCAAGAAAUUAAAGCAAGCUUUAAAAGAGGAUUAUGCAAGAAAUGAAGAACCAAUGCCAGAAAAUAUCAAACAAAAAGUAAAACGAUUCAAGAAAAAGCACAAGGUCAAAACAGUCAAUGAAGAAAUCAUUUUGGAAAAACUAACAAAUUUAUUGUUUCAGAAUCUUGUUUCCAAAGGUAUCCUGGUGGAAUACCCAGAAACCAGAUUCGAAGAUUUCUUAGCAGAAUAUAAGUUUGCUGGGGAUGAUUUAAAAUGUGAUCUUAGAGUUGUCCAGCCUCUUGGAGGAGAAAUUCUAUCCAUUUGGUGGGAGAAGUGCCGAGAAGUGAUGCAUGGAUUUAAAAGAAUUCUUCUAGUUGGACCUAGGAACAGCGGGAAGACAACUUUAGUUCACGUCAUGGCAUCCAUAAACAAUGCAACUUUAUACGACUUAAAUCUUCUUGAAUUGAAUGAAAAGCCAGUAGAGACUGUGAAGGAAAUUAUCGCUACUUUAAUAAGUUGUGCAAAAACUACACAACCAUCGAUAAUAUACAUCAGACAUGUCCACAGACUGUAUUACAGAAAGCCCCAGUCUAAUGAUGUCAGUUUGAAUGCGGUCAUGUUGAAAAAGUGUAUCAUUAAAAGAUUAAUUAAGAAGAUUCAUGCUUUGGACAAAAUUACUCUAAUUGGAAGCUGCACAGACCCGUGGUUAACAAACAGUAAACUAAUAAUAAAACAUUUUUCAAAUGUAGUCAUGAUACCACCUACUAACUACACAACUACACACUUGGUAUUGCAACAAUGGAUGAUAAAUAAUCGCAUCAUUCCGAAUACUUUGGAUACGCAAAGUUUGGCGCUUAUGCUUCAAGGAUAUUCAGUUGGUUACUUGAAAAACACUUUGGAACAUUUCCUUUCGCCUGAACGAAUUAUAAGAAUAGCCGCGUACGGACUAAAGGCUAAUGAAAUUUAUGAACACUUUAUCCAAAAUGAAACUGAGCCUAAAAUUGAUUAUGAAAAAUAUCGCAUAUGGUAUGACGAAAAAACACAAUGGGGCAAAAUCGAGAAGAAACAUUUGGAAGAGCUAAUUGAAUUCCAAAACCUGGUGAUUAAAUGGAGGCAGAAAGAAGAGAAGAAAAAGAAAAAACAUGGAUAAAAAAA